ACAGAAAAUUUGUACCUAUUUCUAAAUUAUUUGAACAAAAUAUAAUUUUACACAAAGCAUCAUAAAGGUGUAGAUGUUCGUCUAAGACAGAUUAGAAAACGUUAUUGCUUAUUCCAUUUAAAAUGAAUCAGAAGAUGGAUCCCUUGAAAACAAUAGUGUCACUUCUUUUUGUCGUUGUGUCAGUAUGCAACGCAGCUGGAAUAGUUUCAAUCGACGAAGGUGACUUAGUGGAGAGUCUUCAAAACUCUACCAGAAAAUUUGACUCUGUAUUCGCCAAAUUGAUAAAUCAGAAUUUAAAACCAGAAGAAAAUGCUCUAUUUUCGCCACUCAAUAUUCACGUCGCUUUAUCGUUAUUACAAUUGGGCACAGCUGGAGAAACUCGAGACGAACUCUCAUCCAUUUUAGAAAUACCCAACAACGAAACCGAAUCAUCCAAACAACACAGCUUUUUAGGUAAAGUACUAAACGGUCUGCAAAAUACCGAUGCGGCCGAAGUGAAAAUCGCCAAUUCCGUAUUUGUGCAAAAAGGAAAAAAAUUAAAGGAAAAUUACUUGAAAGCGACCCAAAAUUAUUAUAAAAACGAAGCUCAACAAGUUGAUUUCGCCAAAGGAGGUUCAGAAGCAACUGAUACCAUCAAUAAUUGGGUAUCAAGCAACACAAAAAAAAGAAUACCUAAAUUAUUCAAGGAAAAUAUCUCCUCCGACACUCGAUUGCUACUAGCUAGUGCCUUACUUUUCAACGCUACUUGGGAUGAGCCAUUCGAAAAAUCACUUACUAAAGACCAAAAUUUCAAUACCGGAUUAAAACAGGUAGCGGUCAAAAUGAUGAACCAGAUAGACUAUGUUCGUUACUUGAAAAACGAAAAUCUACAAUACGAAGCGAUCAGCAUUCCGUACAAAAAUAACGAAUUCUCAAUGGAUAUUGUUUUACCAUUUACCAGCAAAACAUUAGGAGCACUAAUCAAUGAAUCAACACCCGAACACCAGUGGCAAAUGUUGGUGGACUUCCAUAAAGCUAACAGAACGUACGUCGAUUAUAAAUUACCUCGUUUUAAAUUCGAUUGGACGAAGAAUAUCAACGAACAUGUGAAGAAAUCAGGAAUACAGACGAUUUUUACAAAUUCUGAACUCAGCAACUUGGUUGAGGACUCUGCAGACUUGGUAGUAUCCAAUAUAGAUCACGCAACUGAAAUUCAAGUCGAUGAAGUAGGAACGGUUGCAACUGCUGUCACCACUGUUCAGGUGGGCUACGCUGUUAGCAUACAACCUCCGAAGCCAAAACCUAUCAAGUUUUAUGUAGAUCGACCAUUUUUGUUCAGAAUUGUUUCCCAAAAAACUGCGGUUACUUUGUUUACAGGAAUUGUACAAAAUCCAGCAAAGUAAUUAUGUACUUUUUUUGAAUAUACAAUCGUACAUACAUAUAUGUAGCUUGAAUAUUUUUCCGUUUGUAAUCGUUUAAAUUUAUCUAUUAUUACGUUCACAAAAUGAUGUAAAUGUGAAUUUCCUACAUUUCUAAUUUCAAUCAAUUAAAAUUAUGUGCAACACGA